AUGUGGCUCCUCGAACACGAGGGCGCUGCCUUCAGAGGCAAGCGGCUUUGGUUGCGCCCGGGCAAGCGCUACCUGUUUGGACGGACGGUCGCUGAACCUGGCAUGCUGGCAAUCAGCGGCGAAAAAGCCAGCUCCGUAUCCCGCAAGCACAUAACCAUUUCCGUUGACGAUGUCCGCGAAGGCGACUCGCAAAAGCUAUCGAGUCGGUCCAAAGUCACUGUCGAAGAUCUUGGCUCCAAGAUAGGCACCACUGUGAAUGGCCACAAGAUCAAAAAGGAACAAUAUGUCAUCACACAGGACAAGAACGAGCUCAGGAUGGGCAGCAUGUCCGGCUUUCAGAUUACCUGGAUGCCCGUGGUCCUGAGCUUCUCGUUCACGCGAAAGGAGCUCGACGCUGGCGCCUACACCAAGCUUCGACAGAACCUCGAGCACUUGGACCUCAAAUUCCUCUCGGGCUACGACAUGAAAGCCACCACUCAUGUCGUGUCCAAGAAACGCAAUACGUCCAAGGGGCUUCAGGCUCUAGUUAAUGGCGCAUUUAUUGUCGAUGACAAGUUCGUCGAUCGUCUCAUCACAGCAACCACAACCGAGGUGCUCGAAGGCGGCGUUGAUCGAAGCCCCUUGGAGGCCGACUUCGACGGCAACUGGCCCAAUGCCAUGGACUAUUUGCCAGACCCCGGCAACGAACCUGUGACAAGGCCUGCUGAGUCAUUCGCACCCAAUCCUUCUCGGGCUGAAGUUUUUGACGGCUAUACCUUUAUCUUCUACGACCAGAAACAACACGAGACCUUGGUGGAUCCCAUCACCAACGGCAAGGGCAAGGCCCUGUACAAGGAAGUGAUCCCGGGUGAGACUGAAAUUGACGACUUCAUUCGCUUUGUGAAAUCCGUAGCGGGCGAAAAGGGACUGGGCGAAUUCGAGGAUGGCAGCGAGGGGAAAGGCGUUGUUGUCGUCAGAUGUUUGCCAACAGGCAGUGCUCAAGCCUGGUACGAGCAGUUCUACACCGACGUCUCACUUCGACUAGAUCAUCGUCUUAUAGACCAGAAAGAUUUUCUCGAUGCCAUAUUGAGCUGCGAUGCCAGUAGUCUACGGAGACCGCUGGAGAUCGACGAUGCACGCGCCACUCAAAAUCAUCCCCAAAACUCUUCUGCAUCAGAACCUAUGAAUGUUGAUAAUGAGAAUGAGAAUGAGCAGCCGCAAUCCGCUACAGGGUCAAGGGCUAGUGCGCCGCGGCGACCGACUCGUGCUCCGAUUAGAAAACGGUUCAAGGGGUUUGUCGCUGAUAGCGACUCAGACGACGGCGACACCGCCAUGGUCGAUAACGGUCUAGUAGCUGUCCCGUCACAAGUCUCAGUUGGACCUGUGGCAGAAUCCUCUCAGGAAGGCCUCUUUGUGUCUCAAGAUGGAGGCCACGAAGAGCCCGAUGCGUUGGUUCAGACAGCGCGAGGGUCGCAGCGUAAACGCCCCGCCUCUAGGAUCUCGCAGGCUUUGGACAUUGAGGAAGACUUUGCGCCUACGGCAGCUCAGCUGAAACGUCGCCGCAUAGAAACAGGCCAAGAUCCGAUUCCUAGGCAGCCUACGCCUUCUCCGCCACCGGACCCCGAAGCGGAAAAGGAGACUCAGGCAUCAAAGGGCAAGAAGCCGCAGAGCAAGACGGGGAGAGUCAAGAAGGAAAUCAUCGACUCUAAUGUCAUCGAACUGGCACGCAAGAGACGUGAGGAGGAGGAAGCGCGCGCGCGUGCAGAACGCGAAGACCUCGAAGCCGGGAUCGAAGAUCUGGACCUGGCCGAGAUCCGCCGACUGCAACUGGAAGAACCAAUGGAGCUACGGAAGGCACCGCCGCCUCGGACCCGUGAAGAGGACGUUGCGACCGGCCGGUGGGACCCAGCUUGGAAUGGACGCAAGAACUUCAAGAAAUUCCAGCAGCGUGGCGCAGCGGGUGCCGCCCGGCCUCCGCAGAGAAUCAUAGUAGCCCUUGAGGAGGUCAAGGCCAAGGGGUACGGCAUGGGCGACGACUACUGGCUCGAGGACGAGAGUGGUCGGAAAGGAAAGAAGAAAAGCCAGCGCGACAGUCAGAACACAUCAAUUCAAUCUACCGCCGCCACCAGGGAGAGUCAGGCGACCCAGAGCCGCAGGUCUGCGGCUGCAUCCGCACCCCGCCAGGAGCCCCGCGAUGGCGAAGACGACAUUGAAGAUGAAGGAACUGGGCUGAAUGGUAGCUCACAUGUUACCAAAAUUGAUACGGUGCAGGAUGACGAUGACGACCAAGACGUUGUCUUCUCCGGCACACGGAAACGCAGCACGAGGGCAGCGUCCACCCAGCAAGAAUCCUCACCGUCACAACGCACGACACAGAGGUCGGAGUCGUCGAGGCAUAGUAUCAAGAGGUCAGCCGGCGCACCGCCGCCGAGGCAGCAACCGGCCAAGCGGCCCAGGAGAGCCAACAUCCCCGCCAGUGACGACGAGGACGAGGACGAAAGUGAGGACGAGCUGAGAUUCCGGUUCAAGCGGCGUUAA